AUCGUAGAAAUUGUCUUGCUAAAGAAGCUUAUGCACACCAAAGAUCAUUACUUACAGCUGAACAACUUGAAUAUCAAUAUGCCCAACAACGUGAAGCCUAUAGACUUUGUACUGAAGCUGAGUCAAGUGAACAGAUUGAAUCUAUUAAUCAACUACCUGAACUUUUAAUUUCAUUGCUUACUGGAGAAGAUAGUAGAUCCUGUAAUUUUCGAAAAGAUAUUC